AUGCCGCUCCUCCUCGGCUCCUCGACGGCCCUCGUUGCGGUGUUAGAUUAUGCCUCCCGCAAACCGACCGGUAGUUCCAAGUCUACUUGGGUCGAGCCGUCGAUAUCUGCGCCGGACCUGCCGAUGCCCGAGCCUGUCAUCAAGAUCGCGCACUUGGGAGACUGCAUGGGCAUGCUCGUGCGCGGGGAAGAGGUCGUGUGGCGCAGCGAGGAGAUGUGGUCGAACUUCAAUACGCCUCUGCAGCUCGGCCCCGCAUCCUCCACUCGCCCAGCCGAUGCGCAAGUAUUCACGAUACCCGUGCAGACCGACGAUAUCCUCAUCCUCGCGUCCGACGGGCUCUCGGAUAACCUCUGGGACGAAGAAGUGCUCGACGAGGUGAUACGCUUCAGGCGGUCGUUCCUCCAUCCGGGUCGUCAAGGCUUGAGGUCGAGUCUGCUGGGACGCAGAGCUCUCGCGGGAAUGCUAAGCGAAGCAUUAUGCUCCCGUGCGAGGAAGGUAUCCGAGCGCCCCCCGAGGAAGGUGGAUAAUGCUCCAGGAGAGAGCAAAGAGAUGGAAACACCCUUUGCGCGGAAGGCGAGGGAGCAAGGCAGGUGGUUUAGCGGCGGGAAGAGUGAUGGUGAGUCCUUUCUUGUACGAUCAAGAGACCCAUUGAGCUGA